AUGUGGUCCCCCCCGCCCCCGCUCCAGCCCUCCUUCCCUCCGGAGCGAAACCGGCCGCCGAGCAAGGAGAUGCUGCGGGCGCUGUUGGAGGCGGAGCUGCAGCCGCCCCAGUCGCCCAAGCAGGAGCAGCAGGAGCAGGAGGCGGCUGCUGAGCCCCAGCCGGCAGCCCCCGGCCCCCAUGACGGGCAGCCCGGCGGCAGCGGGGGGCUCUGGGCCCGAGCGCUGCUGCGGAAGAGCCUGGAGCCGGAGGAGGGGCGGCAGGAGGCCCCCGCGGGCAGCUGCGAGGCCCGGCGCUUCCGGCGCUUCCGCUACCUGGAGGCCGAGGGGCCCCGCGAGGUCUGCAGCUGCCUCCAGACCCUCUGCCGCCGGUGGCUGCGGCCCGAGCGGCACACGAAGGCCCAGAUGCUGGACCUGGUCGUCCUGGAGCAGUUCCUGGCCGUCCUGCCCCCGGAGAUGGAGAGCUGGGUCAGAGGGUGUGCGCCGGAGACCACUCCCCAGGCGGUGGCCCUGGCCGAAGGCUUCCUCCUGAGCCAGCAGCAGGAGCGGGAGGAGGAGGAGGAGGAGGAGGAGGACAAGAAGCCGGACGAGGAGGAGGAGCAGCAGCAGCAGGUGCAGGGGACGCUGGCCCACGUGACGCCUGAAGCACGGAAGGCUCCGUCCGGCUCCACUCCGCGUCCGCUGCUCAGAGGGAUCGUGCAGGAGGGCGGCAGAAGCACCGCUUCGCUGGGAAAUGGAAUCAUGCUCAGAGGUCCCUGCCGGCCCCCUUCUCUUUGUGGAGGGAUGGAAACCGCUUCUGAGCAGCCUGAACAGGAUCUGGUGACCUUUGAGGAGAUGGCGGUGCAUUUCACCGCAUUUCACGGAGGAGGAGGCGUGCGCUCCAUUGGAUCCAGGCCAGAGGGGUCCCCCCGGGGGCGUCACGCAGGAGACCUGUGGCACUGCCGGAACCUGGCUUCUCUGGGGCUUGCAGUUCCCAGAGCAGAGCUCAUUUCCGGGCAAGAAGAUCCAUUGGCUGAGGACUCCGAUGAAGGCGAGGAAUCAGCCGGUGAUGGCCAGGACAGCAGCAGAGAAGGUGAGCCGCAGAGAAUGGGAGUGGAAGAGAAACCGAAGUGGGGGAGCAAAUGCAUUGCCUUCGAGGGGUCGGACUUCCACGUCCUCCCAAUCCUGGAAGAACCUUGUGAAGGGGACGUUAGGGACGGUGGCGACGUGGCGAAACUCUUGAAAUGCUCUGAGUGUGGAAAGAGCUUUGGUCAGCCAACGGACCUUAUUAAACAUCAAAGAACCCACCUAGGAGAGAAAACGUCUAAACUCUUGGAGUGCGGGAAGCAAUUCAGCCACAGCUCAGCCCUCAGCUUGCAUCCAAGGCUCCAUGCAGGGAAGAAGCCCUAUAAGUGCUCCGCGUGUGGAAAAAGUUUCAGUCAUAGCUUAAGUCUUCAAUGGCACGAGAGGAGUAUUCAUACAGGGGAGAAGCCCUACAAAUGCUCCACGUGUGAGAAGUGUUUCAGUGACGGCAGAAACCUUAAAAGACAUGAAAGAAUUCAUGCAGAGGAGAAGCCCUAUAAGUGCUCUGAGUGUGGAAAGAGCUUCAGUCGCAGCCCAGAACUUAAAUCGCAUCAAAGAAUCCAUACUGGGGAGAAGCCCUAUAAAUGCUCUGAGUGUGGAAAGAGUUUCAGCCAGAGCUCAAAUCUUAAUAAACAUCAGAGAAUCCACACAGGGCUGAAGCCCUAUAAAUGUUCGACAUGUGGAAAGAGUUUCAGUCAUAGCACGCACCUGAAAAGACAUCAGAGAACUCACACAGGAGAAAAACCCUAUAAGUGCUUUGAGUGUGGAAAGUGUUUCAGUCAAAGAAUAAUUCUUAAAUCGCAUCAAAGAAUUCACACAGGGGAGAAACCAGAUAAAUGCUCUGUGUGUGGAAAGACUUUCAGCAAUAGCGGAAACCUUAAAAUACAUCAAAAAAUUCACACAGGGGAGAAGCCCUUUAAAUGUUCUGAGUGCGGAAAGAGUUUCAGUCAACGCAUAAUCCUUAUAUCCCACCAGAGAAUUCAUACAGGGGAGAAACCCUAUAAAUGCUCUGCGUGUGGAAAGAACUUCAGUGAUAGCAGAAGCCUGAAAGUGCAUCAAAGGAUUCACACACAGGAGAAGCCCUACAAAUGCUCUGAGUGUGGAAAGAGUUUCAGUGAUAGCAGAAGCCUGAAAGUGCAUCAAAGAGUUCACACCCAGGAGAAGCCCUACAAAUGUGCCGAGUGUGGAAAGAGUUUCAGUGAUACCAGGAUUCUUAAAGUGCAUCAAAGGAUUCACACAGGAGAGAAGCCCUAUAAAUGCUUGGAGUGCGGAAAGAGCUUCAACCAGAGCCCGCACCUUAAAAGGCAUCAGAGAACUCACACACGCGAGAAGCCCUAUAAAUGCUCAGAAUGCGGAAAGAGUUUCAACCAGAGCACCCACCUCAACUCACACCGAAGAAUUCAUAUUCGUGGGAAGCCUUACAAAUGCUCCGAGUGUGGCAUGGGGUUCCAUCAAAAUAGACACCUAGAGUCGCAUCAAAGAAGGAUGCACUCAGCAGGGGAUCCUGUAAACCCCAGCUCUGACUAGAAUGUGGGGAGUUCUUCUGACAUUUUCAAACCCAGGAGAAAGGGUAUGAAUAAUUAUAAUUUCUUUGUCUACCCAAAACUUAAUAAGCACGAAGAGUCGGAAGCGACUGAACGAAUAAACAACAACAAAUUCAUGCAAGGGAAGGCCUGACUCUGCCAGUGCUCAAAGUGCAGCAGGAAUGUCCCUUGGCAUGGCCGAGGGUGGGCCGUGAAGGAGGGCGGAUCUGAGACUUGGGCACCCCGACUGGUCGCCUGCGGUGAAUAGACGUUGCCUCCAAGGGACUAUGUGAGUGCAAGCCACAGGGGCAAAUGCAUGCAUACUGUGAGCUGCUCAAGGUGUGCGCUGUGAGCCAACAGGACACUGCUGGAGCCCGAUACUACAUUUCAGUUGCAGCCAUUUCUUUGACCUCCCCAUGAUUUGUGCUAUAAUAUUGCAUUUAAAUACUGGGUGAGCUGCAGGGGACAGUUGGUGGGCUUGGCCGGAAGCAGCCAUGGCUGAGGCUGGAGGCACCCUGCCCCCCCAUCUGUCUGACCCACAAACACCAACAGAAUCCUCCCUAAUUCCCCCUUAUCUCCUUGAUCAGGGUCUUAACUGUCCACCCCCGCCCCAGCUUUUCAUUAGAAGGUGGCUCUCUGGUCUUGUGCCACUCUAGCCAGCUGAACUCCAUGAUUUCUCAAAACCUUUAUCUUGAAAGGAGCCAUAGAGCGUUGC